UCCUUCUUCUCGGCAUGCAGUCAGAGCAGGAAGGGUGUUAGGGUUCACUUAGGAACCAACCUUGGGAGGAGAAUUUAGGGGAAUUCUUGCUGCCUGCGGAUCAGUGCACGAUUCCUGCCUAGAAAUCUCCACCAGGCAAACUCCCGUCAGCUGAACAGAAUGAAGCUGUUGGUUUGUAUCUUCUUGGCCUCUCUUGCUGCUGCUGCUACUGCACAUCUACACACAGACCUGACGCUGGAUAACCACUGGGAGCUCUGGAAGAAAACCUAUGGCAAACAAUACAGCCACAAGAAAGAGGAAGGGGAACGGCGCGUGACCUGGGAAAAGAACCUCAAGCUCGUUAUGCUGCAUAACCUCGAGCACUCACUGGGGCUGCAUUCCUAUGAGCUGGGCAUGAACCACCUGGCAGACAUGACCAGCGAGGAAGUGUUUGCCUUGUUAACGGGAGUGAAAAUUCCCCACCGACCUGACCGAAAUUCCACCUACAGGCCACGCCCUGGCAGCAAAGUGCCUGACUCCAUGGACUGGAGGGACAAAGGAUGUGUUACGGAUGUGAAAAAUCAGCUGGCCUGUGGGGCCUGCUGGGCUUUCAGUGCUGUCGGUGCCCUAGAAGCCCAGGUGAAACUGAAAACUGGAAACCUGGUGUCUCUCAGCGCACAGAACCUAGUCGACUGUUCCAUUAUGUACGGGAACCAUGGCUGCAGCGGCGGAUUUAUGACCCAAGCCUUCCAGUAUAUCAUUGAUAAUGACGGCAUUGAUUCGGACUCCUCCUAUCCAUACGCAGCUCAGAACGGAACGUGUCACUACAACCCUGCCACGCGAGCCGCCACCUGCUCCAAGUUCGUUGAGCUCCCGUAUGCCAAUGAAGCAGCCCUGAAGGAUGCCAUAGCCAAUAUUGGACCUGUGUCUGUCGCCAUAGAUGCAAAACAGCCUUCGUUUUUCCUGUACAGAUCAGGAGUCUACGAUGAUCCAAGAUGCACUGAUGACGUGAAUCAUGGGGUUCUAGCUAUUGGCUAUGGCACCCUGGAUGGGAAGGACUUUUGGCUUGUGAAAAACAGCUGGGGUGAAUAUUUCGGUGACAAAGGAUACAUUCGAAUGUCCAGGAACAAAGGAAACCACUGCGGGAUUGCCAGCUACGGUUCUUAUCCACAAAUAUAGAGGGACGCUCUGCUUCAGAAUGCACUCUGGAGAUGUGGUCUCUUAAACUGCUAAUCUUAGCCUUGCUGUAAUCUAGCUGCUCUGUUUGAGAACAAUGUAUGGGCUCUAAUGGCAAAAUCCUCCCAUCAGAUCCAUCUGCUGUAUCUGAGACAAGCAGCUGAAAUGAUGAAUGAUCAUGAUUGGUCUGGUCCAGAAUUUGGGCACUUUUAGCUCACUCUCCCUAUCCCACAGGGGUGUUUGUAAUUGAUUAAUGUCUAUGCAUUGCUUUGCACACGUGAAGUGCUAUUUCAGUGCCAAGUAUUGUCACUGCCGCUGUCUCAAAAUGUGUUGGAGUGAAGGCCGUGUCAAACGGAUAAAGCUAGUCCAUGCGGUAGAGUUGCCGAAGCCACGUCAGAGGUGGAGAGGCAAAGUAGAUAGAGCAACACAUCCCUAGCCACGUGUAUCAAUUUUCCACAAUACAGGUCACAAAGCAAUCAUUAGCAACCCGGGAGAUCAAGCAAACUAUGGACAUUCCUUGGAGGAGGGAACGUGUUUUCCAUGGCUACACAAAAUUGGGUUGGUAUCUUGCAAUGCUGCUCCCAUAAGUCUUAUGCGAAAACCGUAGCACGCCAGCAGUCAGAAAUGACCUGAGAUGGCCUUGUGCCAUGGAGAAGGCCAGCCACGGAACCAAGUGCUGCUGCUGUUAUAAAUUGUGACCUACAGAGUGAGGUCAGCCUUUGCACUUGCAGCGCUUGGACCAAGGACACGGUGCAGAGAUGAAAGGUCUGAUUCUCUCUUGAACUGCACAGCCGUUUACCCCUGUGCAAAGUAGGUGUAUAAUGUUGCUGAAUCAGAAGAGCAGCAGUUUUCAGCCGAGGUAUCCAUGGCUGCACAUGAUGCACAGUAGCAGGGAGUCAGGCCCAAAGGCUGUAAAUCUAGGUGCAGGUAUGGGAUGAGCGAUUGAAUGAGCAAGAAUGCAGGGAAAGGGUGAAUCUGGAAUCCACACCCUCAGCUGCAAGUGCCAGCACGGCACUGGGAAUCACAUCUGCUGCCCUGCUCUACUCCACAGGCCGCGGGGGAGCCCUGCUUCCGGAUCUGACCUACUUUGCCCUACUUCGGAAUAUGAUUUGCAGACACCUAUUGACCGAAUCCUUGCGGGAUACAGUUUCAGAGUGAGGUCACACAUCUCUACAGCACAUGAAAUGCAUUCUCGUCUCUCCAAUUCAGCAGUGAGGUUGCUAUGAUGAUCCAGAUCUAAUCUCAUCUGUAAACAAUGCAUGUAAUAGAAAUUACACAUCCUCCUCCAAAAGGAAAAAAAUAUAUUCAAUUGUCUGAAAA